UUUUGAGAUUCUGUGGAGAAAAUAAACUGAUCGAUUUUCUCGUCUACUUUCUUCGCCGAGAAAAAGAUAAGACACGAGAGAAAAUUCAAAGGGAGAAACAAUCAUGGAGUCGACGCCGGUGAACUGGGAGGCGCUUGAUGCUCUGAUCAUCGAUUUCAUUAGAUCAGAAAAUCUGGUCGAAGACGCCUUCUCAAAUUCGUCUCCAUCUCCAUUAUCGUCGCCUUCCUCUUCUUCGUCUCCUUCUAUCUCCUCUUCGUCUUUUCAUGCUAGGUUGAUCAUUCGGCGCAUCAGAAGUUCCAUAGAAUCCGGUGACAUUGAGGCCGCAAUUGAUCUCAUUCGUUCUCACGCCGCUUUCGUCCUCGAUGAUCAUCGACUUCUUUUCCGCUUGCAGAAACAGAAAUUCAUUGAGCUGUUGAGAAAAGGCACUGCUGAAGAUCUCGAGGCUGCAAUUGGUUGCUUGAGGACUUCUCUUGCUCCGUGCGCGCUUGACGCCUAUCCGGAAGCUUACGAGGAAUUCAAGCAUGUCCUUCUUGCACUCAUUUAUGAUAAAGACGAUCAAACCUCUCCUGUGGCAAAUGAGUGGGCAGAAAAAAGGAGGUACGAAAUGGCUGGACUGAUGUCGUCUGUGUUGAGAGCUUGCUUACAAGCAUAUGAUCCAGUCUUUUCAAUGACACUAAGAUAUUUGAUAAGCAUACACAAAGGAUUUUGCUUUCGCCAAGGAAUUGUUUCCCCAGUUUCGGAUCUUACACAGAGAUUGCUCCUGGAGGAGCGUGAUGCUCCAGCCCCUCCUCUGGAGAGUUUAUAUGAAGCUCCUCCAUUUGAUGAGGUAGACAUACAAGCUCUUGCUCAUGCUGUAGACCUCACAAGACAAGGUGCUGUCGAAAGCAUGAGAUUUGCCAAGGGUGACCUUUUCCUGGCAUUUCAGAAUGAAUUGUGUAGGAUGCAAUUGGAUGUUUCGGUGCUUGACGAACUUGUUAAAGAGUACUGCAUCUACCGGGGUAUCGUGGAGUCAGAGAUGCAGAUGAUCGCUGGUACCGUAAAAGGCAAUCAAUCAGAGAUUGGCUACAGUUCAUCAAGAGAUUGGUCUUCUUCCGAAGUGGAUAUUAGCAUGAGUAAGCAUUCAGAUGUCGAAAACUCCAGCUUCAACAGCACGCUUGAUGGUUCGCCCACACAUAAUACCGACAUAUCUAGCAAACAAGGGGCUGAUCUUGAAUCACGUUAUAGCAGUGAAGUGACCGGUGAUUAUGAGGAUUGCAGCACCAGCUGGUCACUGCAAUGUGAACAUUCAAGAGCUUUCCUUAGACAUAGAACCCAUAUGACCGGUGAAAGAACUAAACGCAAAAGAUGGAGGAGAAGACAUACUGAUGUGAAUUGUAUUAACUCAGAGUCAAGCGUCAACUUUCUAAAGGCACAAGAAGAGGACACCAAAAGAAAGUUAAUUUCCGAUACUCGUAAUAUGGAGGACAAGUACGAGAUAAUUUUGGGACUGAAAGAAUUAGCGAGCAGAGGAAUGGCAGCAGAAUUAGUUGUCGAAAUCAGCUCCAUGGAUCCAGAUUUUUUCACGCAAAAUCCGGUUUUUCUUUUCCAUCUUAAGCAGGUCGAAUUUCUGAAGCUGGUGAGUGCGGGUAAUCACAACGAGGCAUUAAAGGUUGCGGGUUCUCAUUUAGGACCAAUAGCAGCGAGCAACCCGUCUUUGCUGAAGGUGUUAAAGGAGACUUUACUAGCUUUACUCCAACCCGAUGAAAAUGCUCUGGAGAAGGAGUUGCCUUUGAAUGCUCUGGCCAACUCCUUACAGGUGGAGCUUGGUAGGAGGAUAGGAGUGGAAGAACCCCAGCUCAUGAAAAUAAUAAGAGCAACCCUUCACACACACACCGAGUGGUUCAAACUUCAGAUGUGCAAAGAUCGGUUUGAAAGCCUUGUUAAGAUAGACUCUUUGAAGGAAGUUAACACAAACAUGAUAGGGGCUGUGAAAUCGAAGAAAUCAAACUUAGAUAGCAGCUUCAGCACUCACGGGUCAUCCCAGGUCACCACCACUUCUUCCAGCACCAUGACCUUCGAGGACGGUAGCAGCUCCACUCCGGCUUCGUCCAGAGACUUUCUGUGGGAAGAAAGUGCCAUCCUUAAAGUAAUGGAGUUUCUGGCAUUGCCGAGGGCUGAUGCGAUCCAGCUUCUGUCCCAAUACAAUGGAAACGCAGAGGCUGUCAUUCAGCAACUCUUUGGUUAGGGUCACUGAAAAAAUCUUAAAACCUGGUAAAAGCCCAACUGAAACGCUGAGGCUUUCAUCCACAAGUAUAUAUGUUUGUUUUUUUAUUUAUUUACUUUGGUUAAAAUAUUGGUUAAUUCAUUCUGUAAUUGGUGUACUAUAUGUUUAAAUGUGUAUUACACACA